AAGAUAUUUGCCAUUUAUCUAGAACCCUAUUUUUGCCGCUCUUUUCACCUUCUCACAAGCUCGACGAUUUCCUUGUUCCAGAAAGAGUAGAGGAAGAAGAGGAGCUUGACCUCUGCAUCAGUAAUGGUGGAAGUAUGGUGGUCCCUAUUGGGGGCUGCUAUCCCAGCAAUUGUGGCAGGGCAAGCUUUUAGACUGAAGAAAAAACGAGCUGAAGAGCAGAGGUUAAAGAGUGCUAGAGGGAGGGAGAAGAGCUCUGAUGAAAUUUUUGUCUGCGAAAGGGUAUGUACAUCAAAGAGAAUGUUGAAAAAGGUGGGUGCCUUCUCAAAGGACCCAAUUCCUGAUACCUGUGUUACUGUCUGUGGUGUAUCUGAGCUCGAUGCAUGUGCUGAUGCCUGUGCUCGCACUGUUUGUGUAAACCAACAUCAAGUGCCUAACUGGAAUGAUGUCUGCUUAAGGAGAUGCCAGAGUGAAUGUCUCAAACUCUCUGAUGCCCGUUCUUCGUAGUGCAUUGUUUUUCCUCAUUUAGACGGUAAAGCCAAAACCGUGGUGGUAUCAUAGUGAUGUUUGAUUCCCACCUUCUGAAAUGUUUUGUCUGACUCUGAAAUCUCAAUGUGAUUUAGUUUGGAAUCAA